CACACACAAAAAAUUUGGCAAUGACAUUAGUCCGGUGCACGAUAAGAAGGAAUGAAGAUUUGUUUUCAAUGUUUUGAUCAGAGUUUUUAGGAGAUAUGAGAAUUUUGCAAUUGAAUACAUCGAUUUUGGCACGAUGUCAGAACGUGAUACGCCACCGAAUCAAUUUGUACUCGACAGAAGGAUGCACGAACUUCACGCAAACUCAAUUAACCAUAGAUAUCAAGCAUAAUAUUGAAAAUCAUUGGCGUGAUAAAAUCCAGAAAAAAGGCUUCGAUGAAUCGAAACCAGACAAAAAAUUUGUAGUCGUUCCCAUGUUUCCCUAUCCAUCGGGAUUCUUGCAUCUUGGUCACGUUCGAGUUUACACAAUAAGUGAUGCAAUCGCUCGUUUCUACCGACUCAAAGGAAAAAAUGUGCUACAUCCGAUUGGUUGGGAUGCAUUCGGUUUGCCCGCCGAGAAUGCAGCCAUCGAAAGGAAAAUCUCACCGAGUGACUGGACUAAAUCAAAUAUUGAUCACAUGAGAAAGCAACUGGAACAGCUUGGAGCUUCGUUUGAUUGGAAACGUGAACUGUCAACGUGUGAUCCGAAAUAUUACAAGUGGACACAGUGGAUCUUCCUGCAAAUGCACAAAGAAGGAUUGGCAUACCAGCGUGAAGCGUUUGUGAACUGGGAUCCAGUCGACAAAACUGUCCUGGCAAAUGAGCAGGUCGAUGAGAAUGGCCAUUCGUGGCGAUCUGGUGCUAGAGUAGAGAAAAAGCUGCUGAAACAAUGGUUUUUGCGAACUACAAAUUUCGCGAAAGACUUGAGCGAUGGAUUGGAUGAUAAGUCACUUGAAGAUUGGGAAGAAGUAAUUAAAAUGCAAAAGAAUUGGUUCGGUGAAUCAUCGGGCUACAAUUUUCAUCUCAACCUAUUUUAUGUGGAUAGUGACAAACAAAAAAUGGAAACGAUUACCGUGUGGACGGAGAAGCCAGAACAAUUGUUGAACCCUGGAUUCAUAGCAAUUAAAUCGGAUCAUUUUUUGAGUGAGGGCCGUGAAAGUGGUGCUGUGCUAGAUAUCGCCGUAAAAAAUCCCUUCAAAGAGGGAAGCUUAAUACCGUUAGUCGUUUUUGAUGAGCUCGAAUAUCAACCACAUUGUGAAACUUACAUCGAUGUGCCAGCUGUAAACAAAAUUGAUCGAAACUUAGUCGAUAAACUUUGGAUUAGUUUCGAAGAUCAGCCGCCGGAAGAGAAGAAUCGUGAGAGCGUUUUGAAAAAGGCGAAAAACAUGAAAAUCGGAGGUUAUCCCGUAAGUGCGCAUUUUCAAGACUGGCUCAUUUCACGGCAGAGAUUCUGGGGAACUCCAAUUCCUAUUAUUCACUGUUCAAAAUGUGGCACACUUCCAGUACCAGAAGCAUCAUUGCCAGUUGAACUGCCUGGGGCUACGUUUGAUGAACAUGAUAAACCGAUUCCGUUGAGCAAACGCAGCGAUUGGUACACAGUCAAAUGUCAUAAAUGUGGAAAUUUGAAUGCCAAACGAGAAACAGACACUUUUGAUACAUUCGUAGAUAGCUCAUGGUAUUUUUUGCGAUAUUUGAAUCCAGACAAUACCAAGGCCAUUUUCGAUAAAUCUCUUGCUAAAAAGGUGAUGCCGGUUGAUAUGUACAUUGGAGGAAUUGAGCACGCCGUUUUGCAUUUGUACAUGGCACGGUUUUUCAUGCAUUUCCUGAAGACAAUCGGUUAUGUCGACAAAAGUGAACCGUUCAAACGUCUAAUCACUCAAGGAAUGAUAAAUGGUCGCACUUUCUUAACUGACGAUGGUCGCUACAUCAAAGAAGACGAAGUGAAUAUCUUGAAUGAGAAGCAAAAUCGGGCCGAGGAAACGUUGACAGGAAUGAAGGUUCAUAUGGAAUGGGAGAAGAUGUCGAAAUCAAAGAAAAACGGUGUUGAUCCAUCGGAAUUAUUUGAUGAGUACAGUGUUGAUUCAAUAAGACUUAUUAUGCUUGCCGAUGUGCUACCAAGAAGCCCACGCAAUUGGUCGAAAGAGACUUUCCCGGGUAUUUUAAACUGGCAGCAUCGGGUUUGGCUGCUGUUGAAUGAGUUUAACAAAGCAAGAACGGACGAAUCAAUUAUCCAGCCCGAACAGAGUGGCGAAUAUGAUAAUGAGGAGCUCAAAUUGUUUGAAUUGAGAAAUACAAGUGUAUCCAGAGCCGACGUUUUCUAUUCGAAUGCACAUUUCAGUUCGGCAAUCAAAGAAUGCCAAGAAUUCACCGAUGAGUUGAGGAAAUUCCCAAAGCAAAUAGUCAAGUACAACUCACAGUAUGAACGCGCUUUGGCUAACCUAUUUAUUAUGUUUGCACCGAUUGCACCACUGUUUGCGUCUGAAUGUUGGUCAAAAUUCCUGGCCGUACCAAACCGCAUCGAUGUGGACGAAGUAAAUUUGAGAUGGGACAAAGACGUGUUAGAGCAAAAUUGGCCAGUUGUUGAUAAAAACAUCGAUGAUAUUUUAGUUAUUAGAAUAAACAACUCAAAAACCAUUCUUCGGCGCACAGAAGAUGACCCAGAAACCAUAACUGAAGAGUUUCUCACACAAAGGGCAAAUGAAAUGACUUCAUUCCAGGAACUGCUCCAAACACAGACCAUCAAAAAGAAAUAUUUCAAAUAUGGAAACGGUCACUGUGCAACGCUUGUUAUAGUCACCGAGAAGAAGAAAAAAGACAAGAAAAAGAAGCGAAAAAAUUUGGAUGACUUAAAUAGCGAAGCUAUCCAAGAAUUGUAGUUGAUACCAAAUUGAAUGAUAUAGUGUAACGCUAAGGGGAAAGAAAUGAGUAAAUGAAAAUAUAAAUAUUGUAAAUAAUCGCAUAUUCUACCGAGUUUGGAUCAAUACGCGUCAAUGCGUGUCAAUGCGCUGAAUAACUAGCUGUGAAUGCAUGCAAAUAUGGUCAAUAAAAUGUGCGUAUUUGCAACUAUCAUUCCUGCUCGCCACAAACGAGACGAAGCAACAGAAGAAAACAACAACAAUAAGACUACGGAACACAGUGCAAAUGCCUGUGAAUAUUUGUCAAUACGUGUCAAUGAAGUAAAUAUACCCCUAGGUGUAACGAAUUUUUGUUUGUUGAAAUAAAAUAUGUAAAAUCGGAAAUUGAAAGUUAUGCUGAGAA